CAAAAGUUGAAACUGGGCGUCUGCUGAGUCUGACACGCCGAACUGAGAGAAAAAAAAGUUAUCAUCAUUAUUGACUGCCCGAGGUUGGCAAGACCACCUUCCCGCCCCUCCCCCCCUGAGGGUGACGUGCCCGUCUCCCCUCGUGGUGACGGUGGGGGAGCAGGAGGAGGGAACUUGUACAACCUGUUAGGCUGGGUGGUGUUUGGGUGUUCAGUCUACCACCGCCUCGGGCACGGUCUGCCGCCUCACCACGUGCCUUCCCUAACCACCCACAACUCUCCACUUAUUUGGCUUUGAGAAUUGUGUUAAGGGACAGAAUGGCGCGACACACACUGCUUUGUUUAUUGUUUGUAGUGGCUGUCAUGGGAAAACCUGCUGAUGAAGAGAAAAAAUCAAGAGUACAUAGUGAAAAACUUAGUGAUGAAGAACACUUUGUAAAUGAUGAACACAAUGUAGACUACGACCAUGAAGCUUUCUUGGGAGAAGAUGAGGCUCGGACUUUUGAUCAGCUUACGCCGGAAGAAAGUAAAGAUAGAUUGAGCAAAAUAGUUGAUAAGAUUGACCUUGACCAUGAUGGCAAAGUGACAGAGACGGAACUAAAAGAAUGGAUAGAGUACACUCAAGGUCGCUAUAUUAAGGAGGAUGUGAAGAGGCAGUGGAAUGUCAACAACCCAGAGAAUAAAGAAACUCUAUACUGGUCAGAUUACAAGGUCAUGGUUUAUGGCUUUAUGGAUAACAUGGACCCAUCUGAGGUUGAUGAUUAUGCUGAAGGCAUGACGUAUUCUGAAAUGAUGAAGCGAGAUCAGCGUCGAUGGGAAAUGGCAGACAAAGAUAAUGAUGGUGCUCUCGUACUUGAAGAGUUUACGGAUUUCCUUCAUCCAGAAGAAGCCAAGCACAUGCAGGGCAUUGUGGUGACGGAAACAAUGGAAGAUAUUGAUAAAGACAAAGAUGGAAAAAUUUCCUUGGAAGAAUACAUUGGUGACAUGUACCGUGGUGACGAUAGUGAAUUUGAGCCAGCGUGGGUGAGCAAUGAACGAGACCAGUUCAGAGAGUUUAGAGACAAGGAUGGAGAUGGGUAUCUGGACGAGGAAGAGGUGAAAGGGUGGAUUAUUCCACCAGAUUACAACCACUCUGAGGCAGAGGCUAAGCAUCUUAUUUAUGAGGCGGACAGUGAUGGCGACAAAGUACUUACUAAGGAAGAGAUCCUCAACAAAUAUGAUGUUUUUGUUGGCUCUCAAGCAACAGACUUUGGGGAAGCAUUAGUCAGACAUGAUGAAUUUUAAGUGUUAAUGUCAGUUUAAUAAUUUCAAUAGUUAAUGAGGUACUGUACCAUAAUGAGACCAAAAGCACUUGGAUAGUGUAUUUUGUGAGUACAUACUUCUCCAAAACUGACAAAAUCAGUGUCCAUAAACUUGACUGUGUUCAUAGUUUUAAUGAGAAAUUAUUUUGCAAAGAUUAUUUCUUCUAUAGAUGAAAAGUUUUAAUGAAUCAAGUUAUCUUAAGCAUGCCAACUCCACUAUUAAUUCAUAGUGCCUGGACACUUCACUUGAGGAAUUGUGGAUAUUUUGAACAGAUCUAAAUAGGAAUAAAUAUUUUAAGUAAUGCCAUAAGAUAGUGAAUUAUCCAGAUGCUAAAAUGUACUAGUGCUUUAUCAAGUAACAUUGAUAAUACUGUACUGUAGUAGAUUAAAGUGAGUUCCCCAUUAUUGUGAUCAUUAUUUGUUUUAAAUAACAUUUAGUUAUUAUACAGUACGUGUAAUACUAAUAGACAUUGAUAUUUUCAGUGUAAACCUCAUAAUGCAGCUUUAAUUAUAGUAGUCUUGAAUUGUUUAAUAAAUGUGAAGAUGGUUACCAAAGCUGCAUUGAGCAACUAUGUCACAAAUACAUGACCCACAAAGUGUGAUGACAAAUGUAAGAUAAUCGACAUCUUGGUGUAUAGGGUAGUUGCCCACAUUUUUUUUAUUUAUCCUUGAGUAAUGUUUAAAUUUGUUAUAUAAUUUAUUAGUUUUACCACUUUAUUUAUAAUGCACAUUUUAAUUCGUUGGGCAGUGCAUUCUUGUGCACCAAGUAGUUGAAGAUAACAGAUGACAUGUGUGUUAGCCCACUAUUAAAAUUUGUUGUAUAAACUUGCAUUGUAUUAAUUUUUUUUAAACGAGCAUUUAUACCAUAUCCACAGGUGUGUGGCCCAUGAGCAAAUGGAUAACUGGCUUUCUCAAUACCAUACAUACAUCUGGAAGACAAAAUUUAAUUAAUAAUAAUUUUACUUAUUGUGAUGGAGUAUAUUGGUUCUCUUAAAAAGAUGGAUUACAAGUAGGAAGAAAUAAUGCUGGUGAGCUGCUGCAUUGCCAGGCUCACUAGAAGCCAACGGUUGUAAAGUCUGCAGACACAAAGGGUAUGUGGAUACAGGAUCUGUGAAUAGGGUAUAAAGGCUUGCAUUGCAAUGUUAAAAUUCAAGAGUGUUGCUGUUGAUGUCAUUUUUAGAGGUGAGAGAUCUUUUACUUAAUGGUUGGGGGCUCAAAGCAAAGCACACAAACUUAGAUGAUUUGGCGAUAUUUUGCUAGUUAGGCCAUGCCAGAAAACAACGUAUAGAUAAACUAAUCCUAUUUAAUCUUGUUAUAGUAAUGCCUAUCAUUCAAGAGGAGUUAUAGAGCUAGCAACUUCUUCUGUGACAAAGGACUAUAGAAUGUCAAUAUUUUCAUAGGCCAAGACGAAAUUAGCUGUCUUAUACCAGGAAAGACCAUCACCACUAAUCAUAAAUGGAAAAAAUGGCUAGAAAAUAAUCAAAUUCAGAGUGACAAACUACCAAACCAGACAUUACGUAUGGUACAUUUUCUGUUUGGCAUAUAAUGCCAAUGUUGACAGCCUUAAAUUUAUUUAUACUUCCUGUUAAUCUUUAAAAGGAAAUGUAAUGUAAAAAGGUUCUCAUUAAUGUCUUAAAUUUAGUUAUAAGGUUUGCAUUGAGCCUUUUCAAAUAGGUAAACCCCUAAAGAGCAGUUUUAUACCCCCCCCUCCAUACACAUCAUUGGUGUCUAUACAGAAUAAUCAUCUUAUGAAAUCAAAGAUAUAUUUUUGUUCACAAAGUUUCUACACUUGUUUAGUAAUCAGUCUGGUCUUGAAGAUUAAGCCCUAAUUUUUAUCAUACAAAUUCUGUAAUACUGAGUUCUUAACAUUUGUGUAUUGUAAUAUAUUGUGCGUGCAGAGAUUUACAUAUUCUAAUAUUGGAACAUUUGAUGCACAGCCUUCUAACAAAGUGACUUUCUAAGGGAUUCAAAUUUUGUUAUUGCUGAUCACAUUUUUGAAUUUUGAAGGGAUUCAAAUUUUUUUAUUGCUGAUCACAUUUUGAAUUCUAGAAAACAAAGCAAAUGUCUGCUAUUUCUAAUGCUGACUAACAUUUUUUAUUGAAGCACAGUAUGUUAGCUUCUAAUUAGACAUUUUGACAUCAACAUACAGUACAGAAUAAUGUACAGUACUGUAAAAAAAUAAUUGUGAAUAAAGUUGUAAGGUUUUUAAUAAAGAGCAUUAAUUUUGAUGCUCUGAACAUGUGCGACAUUUCUUACCUGGUUAAUUUUAUACAAGAAUAUGUCACUUUUAUAAACAAUGUUCUCACCCACACCACACUACAUCCUUACAAAUUCUUGCAGAAGCUCCAGUACAUACAUUUCUUUGUCAGUUGCUAACACUUUAUUCUUAGGUUAUAUCUAUUCUAAUCUCUCCGGGAAGACUUGAGAAAAGUACUACAGUAACCAUAUUCGAUACAAAUAAAGUGGAGGAAGAGCUGUAGGGACUAGCAUUGUAUGGCAUAUUGUGUUGUUGAUGGCAAGUGCAAGUGUUGCCAUCGAAGUGCAUAAUAGAUGCUCUUGAUUGUUUACUGUUACAUAUCUAAUUUUUGUAAAUUUUCAUUCUUCAUAUCAUUUUGUAAUAAAUAUAAAUCAAUAUUUUA